AAGAUACAAAUCAGGUAGAAUAUUUACCACCAGUUGAUGUUACCGGGAUGCUUGAAAGGGUUCGAGCUGCAAUUUAUCUUUCAUUAGAUGAAUUAUGGUCCGUUCCAUUUGAUAAUGCCUUAAUUGUCACAUUUCUUGACCCAAGAUUUAAACAUUUUAAUUGGGCAUCUAAUGGCGAACGAGAUAAGGCAUAUCAUUUGGUAAAAACUCUAUACGGCGAAAAUGGUGCAAUAAAGAAACUUAAAGAAAAUGAUAUUAUCAAUUGGGAAAAGGCAUUUAAAAUGACUUUUCAAGAUCCUGGAAGCUAUGUAGGCUAUUUACAUGAAGAAAUUCAAUUUGGAAUUAAAAAUGCAAACGCAUAUUAUAAUUAUAUAGCACUUAUACAAAGCUCUGGAUAUGGAAAAAGCCGAGCUGUUAGGGAGCUUUCAAAAUUGAAUUAUUGGAUAUUAUUAUUCUGUUUCCGGUCAAAUGAAUCAUCAGGUUUUCCUCUAAAAACACCCAAAUCUAAUGACUUUCUCAAAGAGUUACAUGAGUGUGAAAAUGCAGAUGAUGUUGAAAAACUAGCUUUACUUUGGAUUAGUGUUUCUAUGCAG